CAAAGCAGCAUACUAGGAACAGAAAUCGUGUCGCUUUAUCCCUUAAACCAUAAUCUCUUUAUUUUUCUCCAAGUUCUCUUUUUGUUUGUCUCUCUCUUUGGUGUAUGCUCUCUAUACAUGACGCGUUUAAAUGGCGGCUACCAUAAGCUUUUUUAGCUUCACGUAUAUCAUCUCACUGUUAUCUGAUGAACUCUCUGUUCUUGAUUCAUCUUUUACCACAAAGAAACUAAACGGAGGAGGAGGAGGAGGAGAAGAAGAACCCAUGUUUUCUAUUCUUUUGCUUUUCUUGUUAUUCUUGUUGUUCGCUCUAUCGCUUCUCUCUCUUUUCCUUGUCACUUUCUCCAUCUGCAGAAAUUUCCACAGGAAGAACCAGAAACGACAUACCCAAAACGACCCGUCAGUAUUGAGGGGUUCUUUGUCGAAGAUUGCGGAGAAAGCCCAAGAAUCCCGCGAAAAUGACCCGACCCAUUUGACCCAUUCUCUUCUUUUCGGGAUCUUGCCCUCUGACUCUGCAAAAUGGGGUUAUUCGGUUGCCGACGAGGAGCCUGGUUCAGUAACCGGGGCGGUUCCAGAGACUGGCGGGUCGGCUGGGGAUCAAGGAGGGAGUAACAGGAAGAAGAAGAAGAGAGCGAAGAAGAAGCGGCUGGAUUUGAGACGUGAAGACAAUGAGAAUGGUCAAGAGAAGUGUACGGAGACAGAAAGUUCGGGUUCGGAUGCGCGGGUCAGACCGGAGCUAGUUUGCUUGUACCCGUUCACGUCUACGAGUAGUGCUACACAGAGAAAGAUCAAGCAGCAGUAUGAUCAGCUUGUAAAAUGCCACGAAACCAAGGGAUUGACACUGGCACAGGUUGGAGAGUUUGCUAAUUGUUUGAUUGAGGCCAGAAAUGAACUACAGCACAAGUCUGAGAUCAUCAAACGUAGAUUCACAAUAACAAAGGCUCUUCUGUUCAAGGCAGACAGAUCUUCCUUUGAGCGAAUUCGUCAACAGAUAUACAAGCUUGAAAUGGAACAAAAGAGAUUAGAGGAGGAUGCAUUUGUUUAUAAUUGGCUCCAACAACAACUGAAACUCUCACCAGCAUACAAGAAGAUGCUAGAAAUUGGUGCAUGCAUGGAAAUGAAGGCCAAGUCUAGUGAGCUGGUGGGAAGCACAGACAGCGAAAGUGAAUUUACUGACAUUUCCUUUGAAGAGUUAUUAGCACAGGAAAAGAAGGAUUCGUUUUGGCAGAAAAACGGUAGAUCAAGAACCUGCUCGAGCAGAUGAUGAGUUAUGGUUGUCUUUUUGUCCUGAUGGAAAGUAACCUUUUUUUUUUUUCCUCUCUUUUUGGUAGUAUGUAUAGAUACUAAUUAACCCAGAAUGCACGAUCACAGGAAAUUUUUUACACCCACCUGUGCUUUUCUGAGUUGCAAUCAUCUCCACGAGUAAUUUUCUUAAGUUUCUUGGAGGUUUUUUGGGUUGGGUGGAAACUAAUUGACAUUGAAUGUGAUUCCACAAAUGUUUUGAAUAUCU